AUGGCACCACCCCACGCUACCGUGCAACCGCUUGGCUUCACGAGGCUGACACCUAGCACGCAGAGCGAUGACGAGUUUUCCUUGAAUUACGGUCGCAUCAACACCAUCAUAUUUAUUCACGGCUUGCGAGGACAUCCUCGACGAACGUGGGAAGAAGUUGCGAGUCCAAGUAGUGUCGACAGCAAUGCUACCAAGACGUCAAAGAGUCUCCAGAUACGGUCCUUUCUCCAACGAAAAUCGGCUAGGUCUCCUGCACCAGAAACAUCACAAGCUCAGAGCCCUCCCUCAAUCCCUGCUUCGUCAUUGCCGGCUACCGUCUUCUGGCCAGAAGAGUAUCUUGUACCAGACAUUCCUCAGGCCUGCGUGUGGACGUACGGAUACAACGCAGACGUUAUUGGCGGCCUCUACAAAGCCCCCAACAAGAACAGCAUCUCACAGCAUGGUAAUGAUCUAUCUAAUCAACUGGAUCGAGUGCAUAGUCUUGGUGGAAUCAUUCUUAAAGAUGCCAUCCGCCGAUCAGAGACCACGCAGGAGCGAACAAAACUCAUCGUCUUUCUUGGGACGCCGCACCGGGGCAGCAAAUACGCAGGUUGGGGUCAGACUGCUUCGAAUAUUGCUCGAGUGACGAUGCAAGACUCAAACAAGAAAAUUCUUGAGACACUGGAAGUGAACAAUGAAAUUCUAGAUAAUAUCCAUGAAACGUUCAUGCAGAUCGUGUUCAAAGGCAAAUUCAAGGUUCAUUCCUUCUACGAAGCACGAGGUGUUACAGGCAUGCGUGGAUUGAAAGGAAAGGUGGUGGAUAACUUCUCUUCUAAGCUUGACCUUUCCCGAGAAUUUGAGACUGUCGAGAGCAUCGAUGCGAACCAUAUGCAAAUGGCCCGGUGCACCAGUAGAGAUGACCAAGUAUACCGCACUAUCUCUGGUGUUUUGAAAACAUAUGUGAAACAACAACUGAAGAACCAACAGACGUCUUUGGCUUCUGGAGGUACUGCUACGGGAUUGACAGAUGCUGCCUCAAGCAAAGCUUUGUUCAUGGUGCCUUUUUCACAAGAUAACUUCUUCAUUGGACGGGAAGACGUCAUCCACCAGAUCAAAGAGCGCAGAAAAGCUGCAACUUCACACACACGCACAGCUCUCGUUGGUCUUGGGGGCGUUGGAAAGUCACAGAUCGCGAUUGAGUACGCAUAUCGAGCCCGCAAGGAAACACCCCACAUGAUGGUCAUGUGGAUACAUGCAAGCAGUCCCGAAAGAUUCCAACAAGGAUACAAGAAAAUUGCCAAAAAGCUUCAGUUGCCUGGAUGGGAUGAUCCCAAGACAGAUGUGCUGCAGCUUGUAUAUGAGUGGUUGUUGGACAGCCAAAAUGGGCAAUGGCUAAUGAUAUUGGAUAACGUUGAUGAAACUGACAUUUUCUUCAGCAACGAUCAGGAAAGUGCAACCAAUCUUGUUGGCGGACACAGUAACAUCAUUGAGGUAGAACCGAUGGGCGAAGGAGACGCGGUGGCGCUGCUUAACACUAGGGUGUCCUCUACGAAUUCAGACCCAGCAGACGCCAAAACGCUCGUUCAAGCAUUGGAGUGCAUUCCGUUAGCCAUCACGCACGCCGCGGCGUAUAUGCAAGCACUAGGAGGAACAGUUACGACAGGAAAAUACCUCGAUAUCUUUCGUGAGAGCGAAACCAAUCAGGUGCACUUGCUUAGCAAAGACGAGUUGAAGGACAUUCGGCGCGAUCCAAGCAUACGGCAUGCAGUAAUAGCGACAUGGCAGAUCUCGUUUGAACACAUUCAAAAGACGAAGCGAUCGGCAGCGGACCUACUUGCACUCAUGAGCAUGUUCCACAAGCAAGGCAUCCCAAAAAAGUUAGUGCAAGGUACGACUAGCGAACUGGAAUUCAACGAUGCUUUGGCGCCACUACUCGGCUUCUCUUUUGUGAAGGUUGAGGUUGGGCAGCAGGCAGUGACGAUGCAUCGCUUGGUGCAGCUAUCAAUGAGAAGAUGGUUAGAGAAAGAUAAGGAGAUUGAACAUUGGGUUAAAAAGUCGACAGAAGCUAUGAGGGAGGUUUUUCCAAGUGGGGAGUACGGGACGUGGGAGGAGUGUCAAGUGCUGCUGCCGCAUUUCAAAGAAACUACGAGCCAUGCCAUAACCGAUGAAAACGUGUUAAUUAUGCGAGCAGAAACUUCAUUGGGGGCUGGGAAAUACUGUUUCGGAACGGGGGAGUACACGAUGGCAGAGGGGCUAUACCGGUCGGCAUUGGAGAUCGUGGAGAGUAUAUGUGGGCAUGAGCACCCCAAUACGCUUCGUGGUGUCAAUAACCUUGCAGUAACUUUAGAGAAACAGGGAAAGUUUGAAGAGGCUAAAGAAAUGCAUCGGCAAGUGCUACAAGGGUUUAAAAAGAUGUUUGGGCGCGAGCACCCAUAUACGCUUAAAAAUUCGAAUAACCUCGCAGUAGUGUUAGAGGAACAGGGAAAUACUACACCGCAGACCUGA